AUGGGCGCAGCUGCUGCUAAGGAGCACGAAACCGGCACCGCGCCGUCUUUUGGUGCGCAGCCCUUUGCUUCCCCAGGAGGUUUUUCCGCCGGCACGAACAAGUCGAAUGAACCAAGCGGCCGGCGCGACUCCUCGCAGCCAAAGCGGCGGGGCUCGGCGAGCAGACAGAUUCCCGGUAGCUCUCCACAGGACCACCGUUCUUUGCGCGAGCUGCGGCGACAGUCAAGGCGCGAGUCCCCGGAAAGCAGCGAUUGGAACAAGAUUCAGCGGCGGAACUCCGCAGGGAUCUCGAUCUACACAAAUGAUGGGGAUAUUGAGCAACAGCAAGAUGUUGAGCGCAGCAGAUUGGAGCAAAAAGAGCGUGUGCUUUUUGACUACGAGGCACGCGACCCGGCGAAUGCGGUCCAGGUCGAGCCAGAGUACGAGGACGAAGAGGAGACCGAAAAGUAUCGGCAGAAGGUGCGUCAGCUCGAGCUAGACGUGUUGACCAGCGGUGCGGGGGGACGGGGCAAAAUGAAGGAUGCGCUGCUUCACCUCUACUCCUCGCAGUCGACCACGGUUAACGGGGGGAGCAGCAGCAGUGGGGCGUCUUCGUCUUCCUCGGCGUUGUUUGAUCAGGCGAUUCAGUUUUCCAGAUCCGGAACCAACACGUCUAAUAACUCCUCCAGGUCGCAAUCAAAGGAAUUUCAUUCCAGCAACAGCAGUACCUUCUCGCGAAUGCAGAGCAAGGAGACGAACAACGGGAGCAGUGUCGAAGAGCAGAAUUAUCAAAUGUAAAAAUGUCUGGGUCUGGAAGAAUUCAUGUUUGUCAUGCUUGUCUGGCAUGACUGUUAAAUCUGUCACGCACGUUACCCGAGAGCUCCGUUUUUCUGUGAUGCAGAAGCGCAGUUUGUCAUGCGGAAUAGACAACAGCAACACCGAGGAGCUCAGAAACUUGUCAUGCUGAGCCAGCAUUUGGAGCCUCAUCAUGAUGCGCCACCCAGCAUCACAAGUUUCCAGACCCAGACAUUUUUACAUUUGAUAAGAAUGACGCGUUUGCGAUUCGCUUCAACAGCAGCAGCAAGGGCACCAGCAGCUCGAGCAGCAGCAACAACCUGCUUCCGCCAACUUUGUCCUCCUCCUCCCCUGUGGAGUCCUCUCCGCCGGCCAGCAGCAAUUCCAUGUCCCGGGAAAAGGUGUUCUCGCCCGGGCUGGGCUCGGUCUGGAGUUACCCCGAAAGCCCACUGUGCAGGCGGAUAAAGGAAGCGACUGCUGGCGCCGACUCGUCGGACGACGAGGACGAAGAUGUGGACGAAAUAGUGCAGGACCCGCUGGACAUGCAGUACGAGCGGGUUCUGCAGGCGAUCCAGGAAAAGAAGGAGCUGUUGGCGCAACUUCCGGCGGGAAAGAAAUUUACGAACGGGCACGCAUUGAGCGCGGGCGCGUCGGGAGGUGGUGGAGGUAAGUAUUCAUAGUCGCGCUAAAAAUCAUAGUAUCUAUUAGUCUUGACGACCUGCUAAGUCGCGCACUGGCGACCAGAAUGCGUAUAUUAAGUUAUCGAUCCAAACGCAGGUCCAGACAAGCUUUACCGCGCUACGUGCCGUACACGCGAGCGUGUGGCAAAGCAGUUGCUUGAGGACCAAAAGUUUGCGGUUGGGGAUGAUUUACAAAGGAAGCAAACACAGCAAAAAAUAUGGCGAUUACGCAACGAAUAUUCCGCGGACGAUCGAGGGAAA